AUGACUUGGCCAUCAGCUGAAGAAAACACUCGCCUGCGAGCGCGUCAGCUCCGCCGCUUUCAUGAAAAGCAUAUUAGUUCGAAAGGUCCCCUGAAGAACGCAGACAAGAUCACCGAAACUGACAUGGACCUCGCCACGACUCUCGCUCCAGACUUUAAUCUUAAGUUCUGUGAUAAGGAUGAGGAAGAGUAUCCUAAGCAGUGGGAAACGAAUCCCCGAUCCCUCGGUUUCAUCCUUAGCAACUUCCGUGUCAAGGCCAAGGAGAUUACAGCCGCCAUUAACAGGGAGAUUGAUGCUGCCAUCACCGGGGACGGGGACGGAACAUUUAUUCCACCAGUUUUCCCUGCGGGUUAUGGUGAUAGAGAGCAAAUUCGUUCUCUUGAGGUGCUUGCCAAGCGGCUCCAUGCCCUAUUCCGGAAAGAAAAGGAGAAGGCUAAGGAAUACUUGGCUAGCACUGAGAAGGCUGAGGCUCAACUUCAAAGGCUUCUAGAGGGACUGGAAGACGAAGAUGAUGAAGAAGAUGGAUACAGUGAAGAUGAAGAUGAAGACGAUGACUAUGACGAGGAAGAGGAAAACAGGAAGAGGAAGAGGAGAAAGAUUGAUGGGGCGGACAAAGGAGUGCGAGAGACCAUCCACUGUAGUCAACCGGGCACUCGUACUAGAAAGUGA